AUGGAUAGUGUAUAUGUCGAAAUCUGUACCGACAAAGACGUCUAUACCCCUGGACAAAUACUAACAGGAUCGCUCAACAUAGAUGCACGAAAACCAAUCGCUAUCGACAGUAUCAAAGCUCGGCUGUAUGGAGACGCAGUUGUACAUUUUGUCAGCAAGGACUUCUACACGUUUUCCAAUAAGCGGGUGUACAUAAAUGAAGGCAAAGAACUCUGGCACUACAGUACGCUACAGGAAAUGCUCGGCAUGGCUCCACUCGACCAUAAUGCAAAUCGUUGCGAAAAAGGCUACUUGACGGGUAAGUCUCAGUUCCGGUUCGCAUUUAACCUACCCUCCGAUCUUGCAACCUCAUUCAACUGUCCAGGAAGCCCGGUUGCCGUGAAAUACUCGAUUACCCAUGAACAUCCAGUAAUAGUCAUCGCUCCUCAGCUGAUAGCACGUCCUGUAGGAAGUCAAAAAGUCGUUCACUCAAAAUGUUUCCCAUUGACCAAGGGUCGAAGUCUGUUCGUUGAAUGUGCUCUGGAACAGGCUGUUCUUUCAUCCGUUGACAAACUUCAAGCCACAAUUACCAUUACAAAUAGGUGGAAGCAAUCCAUCAAAUAUGUUCAUAUGAGCAUUUUGAAAAAAAUCAAAGCUGUCGGCUGCUUCGUGGAUGAUCACUCAAUAAUCGACACAAAAACCGUUUUGGUAAAAACAACAGGUGUAGGAUUGCCGUCUACAAAACCAAAAAUUGUCGUUGGCGAGACCUAUUCAUUCACUCCCAGUUUCAACGUGCCAGCGCUUCCGCCUAGUAUGAACGUGCCCGAUCUGAUGGAAACCUCGUACAUGCUUAGCAUUGACGUCGGACGAGCACACAACUACGUGAUUGCCUCAUUGAGGGUUCCAAUCACAAUAGUCACCGAUAUAAUUGAUGUAGAACCAGUAGUUCCUGCUCACUGUGAAGAUCUAUUGAUCGAUCUAACACCAUCGACAUGGAAGAAAACGGCACCGGCGAUCGAUCUUCUGGCGUAG